AUGGUGAAACCCAUAAAAUCAUCUGAUGAUAUCUCAUCAUCUUCUUCUUCUUCGUCCUUAAAGUACAAAGGAGUGCGCAAGAGGAAAUGGGGAAAAUGGGUUUCUGAAGUUAGAUUACCUAACAGCAGGGAAAGAAUUUGGUUGGGUUCGUAUGAUACAGCGGAAAAAGCUGCUCGUGCAUUUGACGCUGCCCAAUUUUGCUUGCGUGGUGAGGCGGCAAAACUCAAUUUCCCGGCUAAUCCGCCGGAUAUUUUGAACGGGAGGUCUAUGAGCGCCGCCGAAAUUCAGGUGGCAGCAGCCCGGUUUGCCAACUCGGAUCCGGAACCCCAGGAAAGCAUUUCGGGUCCGACGGAUAAUUCCGAUCUUUCUUUUUCUUCUUCUUUAUCGUCGUCUUCUGAAUUGCUACACCCAGAGUCGCCAUCUACGUCGAUUUCGGAUGGGAUGGUCCAACCGGAUGGUGAAUUGACCGAAAUGCCUCUUGAUUCUGAAUUUUUGGACCUGUUUUUCUCGUUAGGAACUGCCAAUAACGAGUACCAUUUUGGGUCUUUUUCGGAAAUUAGCGAUCUCACGGGUGACCAUUUUUUACCAGCGUUGAAUGACAUCGACUCUGGGAAAGAGAUCUAUGACGGCUGCACUUUAGAUGGAUCUUUCCUUUGGAACUUUUGA